UAUCAUGAGAAAUUUAUUAGAUUAGAUAUUAAAUUACUCAUUUUAAUUUAGUCGUUCCCUUUCUAAAGCAAUAGAUAUUAAAAAAAUUAUUUCUUGUUCCGUAUUGUUUUUAUUCGGGUACACGUGGUGGUUUAGGUACGUCAGGUCCGUAAAUCUCCAAUUUAAAUUCCGGUUUAGAACUGAGCCAACCAUAUUCGUGGUUUACCGAAUUUGGAACAGGAAGCAAUCUUCGUAAAUCUGUUAUUUCCUUUUUUUUAACAAUUACCGACUUUUCCGUUAUUUUAUCCAAAGAAUCCUUCAACGCCUUGUACUCAUCUAGAAGCCAACCCCAUUUUACCGGCCAAUUUUUAAUACUAUCAGCCAAAGAUUUUUCAUUAGCUUUAGCAAGACGCAACUCAACACUUGGUGAAACAUAUGAUUUACUCAUUUUCGGGCAAUUUUUUUAUCUUGUCAUUAAUUGACAAAUAAAUUAUUUGUCGGUUUCCCGUCGUAACUGUAUGUCAUAAUUUUGCAGACGAUUUAAUAAUACCAUGAAGAACGAAAAGAAAGAAUUAACACCUGCCGAAAAGUUCCAGGCGCAGCUUCAACUUGAAGCUGAGCUUUUCAGGCUUCAAAGGCAGUAUCAAAUUUUGGAAAGGGAUCGAAAAAUUGCGCAGGAGGGUGGGAAUAAACUAUCGAAAUUAGGAAAUGUUAUUCGAAUAUUAAAAAAGGAACAUCAUGAAAUUUUAACGGAUCUUUGCGUAGCCGCUUCGGAAAACAAUCUUAGAAAAGAUGCACUUACCGUAACGAAACUAAAACAAUUACUUUCCGAGCAUUCGGAGGCAAAGGACUUGAUAAAACAAGAGAAAGGACAUCUUGAAGAAAUGGAAGAACAAAUAUGGAUGGUUACCAAAGCAUUAAUCGAUCUUAAAUCGAAACAAGUCUCCGAUGAACAAUGCCAACAAAGAGUACUAGAAGGACAAAAAACAUUAGAAGCUUUAGAAAAUAAAUUAGAAACAGCAAAUAAAAGAUUUUGUACAAUUUUAACUGAUAACACCAAGCUACGAGCUGAAAUCGACCAUUUAUUACACGAAAGAGCACAUUUUAAUGAACUUUGGGAAAGAGUAAUUAAAACAUUAUCUCAUGGAAAAAAAUUCAUGAUUGAUUUAAUCGAACAAGCAACUAUAGCUUACGAUCAAAGAGAAGAAUGGUGCCAUAAACUACAAGCUUUACGUACUCGUGCUAAAAGCGAUUUGAUAAGUCAUACACAAGAAAUGCGUGAGUUAGAACGAAGGAUGGAUCAUGAUGUAAAAUUGGAAACAUUUUUAAGUAUUAAAGGACAAAAAAGAGUGAUGCGCGAUCUUGCAGCCAAAGAGAGACACAAACGAGAGUUGCAAAGAGAAGAAUUAGAAAAAGAACUCGCCGCUUAUAAAGAAAUGUUGGCGAAUAUUACCGAAUUUACGCAUUUAACAGAUAUCGGCGAAAUCGCCGCCGCUUUUAUAAAACAAGAGGAAGAAAACUUUGCGCUAUUUAGUUAUAUCAGUGCGUUGAAUAAGCAAAUGGAAUUUUUAAGUGAUGAAUUACAGGAUUUACAUUUUAAAAUCGACCAACAGAAAGAAAUUCAAGAUGGAAGAUGUGAAAAGCAAAAAAGUACAUUGGAAAUAUUGAGAAAAGAAGUAGAUGACAAAAACGCAGAGGCAGACCAAGCAGAAAAAGCUCUUAAAGAAACCGAGAAAAUGUUAAAUAGUCUUCUAAAAGGAAUUGAUAAUCUCUUUAAGAUUUGCAAAUGUAGCAAUGCGCCUUUACUAGAAUUAUUAGGUAACAACGCAAGUAUAACCAAUUACAACGUUCUUCUAUACUUGGAAACGUUAGAAAAGAAAGUAACUGAAUUAAUAAUGGCUGCUUAUUACAAAGAGAAGACUGAUAAAAAAAAAGUGAAAGAAUUUAUUAUUAAAGAGGAUAAAAUCAAAUAUGAUCAAAGUAAUGCAAUUGAAGAAUUUAUAGCAUCUAAUCCAUGUCCACUAUGUGUUGAACAAGAACAAGUAAGCGAUGUUAUCGACAGUCUCCAAUUAGUCCUUAACAAAGAGGAAGUAAAAGAGAAAUUAAACAUACACUUAAGUUUAGCAGAUUCCGCGGAUGUGGUUCACAACGUUUCCGCUUGUCAUUUACCAAAAUCCAGAGAGAUUAUCCAAAAAAGAUACCAAUAAUUAUAUCAUAUAUGGCGUAUUUUUAGUAAAACAUUUUUUUCUUUAUAAAAUUUGUUGUACAACUGUAAUGAGAAUGUAAUAAAAAUAUAAAAACGCCCAAA